CGUUAAAGGCAGAGUCUUUUUUGAUUUCGUGGUAUUUUUAAAGAAUUCUAGUUAAAAUGGGAAGAAUUUGUGUCGUGGAUGCUUGCCGAAACGAGUAUUAUGCUGAUUGUGGGUUAUAUUUUCACAGAUAAUAGCUUUAAACAUAAUUUGUUGGCGAAGAAUUACGGUGACCAUGCAUGACUAACCAAUCCGAGUUUGCGGCAUAAACUUCACAAGACUUUUAUUUAGCAAUGACUGAUUUAGAAUUAAGUGUUUUGUAUUGUUUUUGGUAAAUACAAUAAUGAUAACAAUAAUAUAUUAAAGUCCAUCUGAAGCAAUAAUAUGCUGACGUUAGACAACAAAAACAAGAAUUUUUAAUAAUUAUUGUCCUGUAAUCAUAUUUCAACAUAGUCACCAUCGCCAGAGAGGGAUAAAAGACCGCCUCUGUCGGUUUCCAAGGCGACGCAUAAACAGUGGGGAGAGGAGACGUCACAGGUUUAGUCGCGCGUUGUCGUUGUUAUUUUUCAUUAUUUGCGAUUCGCGUUGAAUGUUUGAUAAUUGAUAAUACUGUUGUCUUGUGGAUUUUUUAUGUACGAUGGCUGAAGAAGGUGCAGUCGUAGCGGCGGCCGAGAAAAUUAUUCACACAUAUCCACUUGUGAGGCAUUCGGACAUGUCGGAGGAGAUGCGCACGGAGGCAGUGGAGCUGUCGGUGACGGCAUGCGAAAAGUUCGCGCAGAAUAAUGAGCUGGCGGCGCGCAUGGUCAAGGAGUCGAUGGACAAGAAGUUCGGCCCCGCCUUCCACGUUGUCGUCGGCGAGAGUUACGGCUUCGAGAUCACAUACGAAUGUACCACAAUCUGCUACAUAUACUUCGGCGGCAACCAGGCUAUUUGCAUCUGGAAGUGUUCAUAAUUAGUAAUGUUGUGAUUAACAAAGUUUUGAGAACUAUACAGAAGAGAUGCGACGCGGCUGAGACGCCUUCACAGUAUAGCAUCUUCAUUACAGUUUAGAAUAUAACUGUUUUUUGUGAUUCGUUAUUACAAAAGUAAAUUCAUAAACAUCCAACGCUACUGCGUUACUUUGAACAACAUUAAGAUAGUUGUGUGAAAAGUGUAGUCUGUUUAUAAUUAUUUUUAUGGUUAAUAGAGUGGAAGUCUUUUGAUGUCUACGAUAUUUGUGCGAUGGAUUGUUACGGACUACUAGAUCACAUUCGUUUCUAUACCAACAUAGUAGACAUAGAUAUGUAUAGUUAGAGUUUGCCCUUGUCUGACCUAUCAAAAGGGUCUCUCCCCGCUGAAAUCGAUUUCGAGGGAACACUUUGGGGAGGGUUUACUAUCGCCUAAAAUAAAGAUUUUAUUUGAAAUUGCUUAAUAACUCGCAUUUGUAAUGUAUCGUUCCCAAUCAAAGGUAAAGGCCGUCCAUCUUUUAUAAAGAAAUGAAAUAUAAACAAAAAUCAUGUUUGAAACAUUCUUUUUAAGUUUUUGCAUAUUUUUACUAUGGACGUCUAAUGUGGACGCGACCUAUCGGAACUUGCUUAGGCCGUGACCACACUUCGUGUGUUUCUAAGACAUACCGCAAUGAAUGUGUGGUAAAAUAUAUGUUAUGCCAAAUUAUCAUUGUCUCAUACGUUUGACCUUCAGCUGGAGAAUAAAUGCCGUUGCUGUGUCGUUUGAAAUUACAUUGUCUCGUAUUUCUUUGAUUUUUAGUGACAGCCGUUUUGUGGUGACCAUUACAGUUUGGCUUCAAGGUUGAUGUUUUAAAAUGUAGUGUAAUUUACAAAAUUAUCUUUUGUAAAUCUGAAAAGUCCAUGAA